CCCGUGCAACACCAUCUUCCCCGGGUUGUCCAUCAUGUCGUCCUCCUCCGCAUCGAGCGCGAUUGACCAUGCCUCCGUCUCAGAGAAAGGCCACAAGGACAAGGUCCGCAUCCACGGUGCAGACCGAGGCGACGAGAUCCGCGCUCAUGCCCCCGCUCUGCGGGGUAAACGACUCACGGCGGCGCUCGCCUUCGUCGCGGGUACUGGCUUCACGCUGUUUGGUUACGACCAGGGUGUUAUGUCCGCCCUCCUCACAGCGAACCAGUUCGAGAAAGUGUUCCCUCAGGUUGUGGUGGGCGCCACUUCGCCCGCUAACCACGCGACGCUCCAAAGCUUCAUCGUCGCUAUCUACGAAAUUGGCUGUCUUAUCGGUGCACUGGCUAACCUCUGGCUCGGCGACAAGCUUGGCCGGAGGAAAACCAUUGUCGUUGGUGGUAUUAUCAUGAUCAUUGGCGCCAUCCUCCAGGCGACUUCGUUCAGCUAUGCGCAGAUGGUUGUUGCCACGUCUACGGUGCCAUCAUAUCAUGCAGAGUGCUCCCCAGCAGCAAAGCGUGGGAGCUUUAUCAUGAUUGAGGGUAGUCUCAUCACUUUCGGUAUCAUGGUAUCAUAUUGGAUUGACUUUGCAUUCUACUGGCUCACGGGAUCAUCCGCGCAAUGGAGAGUGCCAAUUGCAAUCCAGAUCCUCUUCGCUGUUAUGAUGGUCGGCGGUAUUUUCUUCCUGCCCGAAUCUCCGCGGUGGCUUGCGAAGCACGGUCGUGACGCUGAAGCGCUGGCAGUCAUCGCUGCUCUCGAGGACAAGGACUACACGGCCGAGUCGGUCCAGCUCACCUACCAUGGCAUUCGCGAGGCACUCUCCGCUGAAGGCGCCAACGAGCCGCAGCGGUCUGCGCUCAGCCACAUCUUCACGAAUGGUCGCUCGCAGAACUUCCGUCGCGCGGCCAUUGGCGUUGUCAACCAGUGCUUCCAGCAAAUCUCGGGUAUUAACCUUAUUACCUAUUAUGCUACGAUCCUCUUCCAACGCUUGGGCAUCAACGACGUGAACUCGAGAAUCAUCGCCGCAGCAAACGGCACCGAGUACUUCCUUGCCAGUCUCAUCGCCAUCGCCCUCAUCGACCGUGUGGGCCGUCGACCACUCAUGCUCUUCGGCUCGAUCGGACAGUGCCUCACCAUGGUCAUCCUAGCGGUGUUGGGCUCCGUCGAUACAUCGGGUGCCAAGGUGGCGUCCGCUGUCCUCCUCUUCGUCUUCAACUCGUUCUUCGCGAUUGGUUGGCUCGGGAUGACUUGGCUCUACCCCGCUGAGAUUGUCGGCCUGCGCAUUCGUGCGCCUGCGAACGCGUUCAGUACGGCGUCGAACUGGAUCUUCAACUUCGUUGUCGUCAUGGUCACGGGACCCGCGUUCAAUAACAUUGGCUGGAAGACCUACGUCGUGUUCGCCGCCCUGAAUGCGUUCAUCAUUCCGAUCGUGUACUUCUUCUUCCCCGAGACUGCUGGCCGUUCUCUGGAAGACAUGGACGUCAUCUUCGCCCUCGCAUACAACGAAGGUGUCUCGCCCGUCGGGGUUUCGCUUCGCAAGGACGUGCCGCCUGCAGGCACGCCGGAGGCCGACGAGAUCCUUGGCGUGCGCUCUGCGCGAUCAAGCACGAGCAAGGAGGAGGACGAGCGAAACAAGCAGUAGACGCGAUCUGCUACUCUAAUUGGAGAUGAGUGAGACGACACCAUCUCUGUGUACAACAGCCAGUGCGCCGUGACGCACACACUCUACGAUACCGCAACGAGUUUCUAUACCAUGAAUCUCACCGAUCUAGCUUUCGAUGUAUUUGUUCACGCAUCACAGUCUAUUAGCCAUGUCAUUACGCAAUCGUAGCUCGCUAUCGUUCCUCGUUUAUGAAUCAGUUGCACAACAGUUGCAUCAUUU